AUAACGCCGGAGGAGGCAGAGAGCUUGAGAAAAUCCCAUAGACCCGCAAAGGCCUCGCGUGAAAAGCCCGUCCACGUCAGCGGGCACCCACCGCAUACGGUGUACAGCAGCAGACCCAAUACCACCACCCACCAAGAGAAGUUGAGCGUGAGCGCCGUCCCAAUAAUUCCCAGCUGGAGCCGAUGUACCACGAGCCAGCUGAGAAGCAGCUGGCUCUGUAGAAACCUCUGCAGCGGGAACUGUAGCGCGAAGCUGAAGUGUAGCGGGAUGAAGCACAGCGCCACCUCACCCGACAGCUCCGCCACGUCAGCCGGCUGCCCCACCAGCUUCAGUAUCGGGCUCGCGAAUAUCAGCGCGGGAAGCAUCACUAGGCAGCACGCGGAAACCCAUGAUGACGUUGCAGGCGAUGGACAUGGCGGCGAGUUCGAGGUCGCCGAGGUGGCCGGCAAAGGCCUGAGUGACGACGAACAUGGAAUAGGAGGCGAUGCGGCUGACGAUGGCGGGGCCCACCACGCGCCA